GGUGAUGAAUAGCACAAUUUAAGGUGUACGAGUGAGAAAAAUGUCUCAGACAUCUAUUACAAGCUAUUUUAGUAAACGUAAAAGAGCAGGAGACGAGAUACAAAAUCGAAAAAAAGUGUUGGUACUAGAUAAUGAUUCUGAAGCAGAUGUAUCCAUAAGUAAAGAGGGCCAUGUCAUUCAUAAAGUGUUGAAAUCUGAUACGUCUGAAGCAUUACAUUCGGUUUACAAAACGAUUUUAGUUGAAGAUGUUUCGAAACAUUAUGCGAAUAAACUGUUACAUGAAAAUACUAAACUGGUUCCAUGUGGACGUAUUGGUAAGGCAUCAGGAAAACAAACUGCCCAGAAAGGUUUUCAAGGGAGAGGCAAGAAGACUACUACUAAACAUUCCAAGACUGUAACACAACGCGAUAUCCGUCAGAUACUUGUGAAAUCUAAUGGAACAGAAGCACGUCCUACGGAUGUUACAACUCUGAAAACAGUGCAUACAUCUGCAGACGAUGAAGCUUUCAUGGGGCCAGAAUGUCCAGUGGUAUUUGAGUUGAAAGGUUUGCUGUCUCCAAAGAAGAUGAGGGAAGGCUUUAAUAACAGUGAUAAGCCUACUGAUGUUGGAGUAUCUGAUAUGCAAGAAAGUUAUGUUGAAAACAGUUCUGAUGAGAAAAUUAAGGAAAGCAGGAAGGAGUUUGGAUUGAUGACACCACAUAAAAUGCCCAUCAAUCACAACAAAGAUUUGUCUUUUGAGGAAGUGAAAGGGAAGUUGAAUAGAAGUGCAAAAUUGGCUGAACUCCGACAGUCAUUAUCAAGGUUCAACAAAAGUGCAGCAAAACUGAAGGUUCUUGAGGAAAGGAGUAAGGAGCUUGAGAAACCACAGCUGAAGAAGUUUGAGGCUAUAGAUAUUGAAGUUCCAGCCAGUCCUCAGAAGAAUAUUUUCAGCAGUCCUCAGAAGGUGGGCACAAGUCCACAGUCAACCCCCACCAAGUCACCUGCUUAUCAGCGUUUCGCAGCACUUGUGCUUCCUGCUCCUGCUGCCCUCUCACUUCCAUUCAGCUAUUGCUCCCUAUCUGAGAUUUUCCGCUGUGUUGAUGCUGUAGCAUCUAUGCUGUACAAGCGCAAGGAAGUGAUCACAUUCAGGAAACUGAAACCUGCUGUUCAGGAGAUGCUCAGGAGAAAUUUCACAGAACAUCACAUGGCUCAAAUAAAAAGAGUUUAUCCACUAGCUUAUGUCUUUCAUCAGGAGAAGUAUAGGAAUUUUGGAUCAACAUCUAAGAUGGAUAAGUAUGAGCUCACAUUAACACCUCUGCUUCAUUCUAAUGUUGAAGGCAGUGAGACCCGCACAGACCCUGUCAAGUUUACAUCAGAUUUUUUGCUGGAACGAAGACGGAUUUUCCAAGAAAACCUUUUGGAAAAAGUAAAGGAUUACCAUGAGGAUUUCCUGCAGAGCUUGGACCCACCAUUAACGAUUCCUCGGAACCAGCUAACUCGAUGGCAUCCGGAAUUUGAUGUUGACCAAGUUCCAGACAUUGAACCUGAUACACUUCCUGAAGCUCCAAAUGCUGAGAAAUAUUAUACUGCUAAAGAUGUACUUGAGAAGGCCAAGAAUAUUUUCUCCUGUAAUCUGCGGAUGGAGAAGGCAUUGCAGACGGUGAGUGAGGAAUCCAGUCGAUUAGAGGUACCAAGCACUCCAACAAAAUCACUAAACACAAUGUCUGGUGCUGCAACAUCACCCAUUUCAACAAUGCUGAAAGGCAUUCCUAAGGCUCUUCUGGAGAAGAUACGGGCAAAACAGGCAGCUAAGGCUUUGCAGGCCAUGACACGCUCACCAGCACAAGAUCGUGUGGCAAUUCAGUAUAUGCGCCUCCCAGAGUUAGCACGUAUCUUGAGGAAUCUCUAUGUGACUGAAAAGAAAAGUAUUCUUCCCCUGGAUGUCACGCUUGAAAAAUUGGCCAACAGUUACAGGGAGAAACUGCCAAGAGUGGAAUUGGAAGAGCAUAUUCACCUUCUCAGACACAGUGUUCCUGGUUGGCUGGAAAUUCACUACAUAAGGAAGACAAAUUACUUGAAAUUGUCAAAAAAUGCUGACAUGGGACCAGUGAUCAGGAAACUAGAAGCUCUGGCAGCAGAGAAGAAUGAUGGAUGAAUAUGAUUUAAAGUGAGUGCCACAAUGCUAUUUGUAUUAAGACAUGAAUAUUUAAUCUGUAUUUGAAAUAAAACUGCAAAGCAUGCCUUCAGUUUUUGAAAGAAUUUAUGUUCAAGACUAAGUUGUCAGAUGAAAAAGUUACUAUGAUCAGAUAAUACACUGACUCCUCCUCUUACGAAAGGAAUACGUUCCUUUAGAGUUAUUUAUUAAGCAAACUUUCAUUAAAUAAGAUGAAUUUCUUUUGAAUCUUAUUAGAGAUAUUGUGACCUGUAGUAAUACAUAUGCAUUUAAAUGACAGGAAAGGAAAUUAAAUGCACCAUAUGUGAACUAUACUAAUUAAACAUACAGUGUAUUUUCAUGCAUUUUUUCAAAUGCAUUAAUGCAGAGAUUUGUUAAUUACACAGUUAUACCACAAAGAUUAGUACGUAUUUAAUCCUUUCACUGCCACAUUUUUUCAUGUACCAAGUCAUGCAAGCCAUUUACUCUUCCACUUGCUGAUAGCAACAUUUCAGGUGUUCCAUUUGGUAGAAUUAUCUUGAUUUCAGCAGAAAAAUACAAUUUUUUCAGCUUAUGGUGAAAUCCCAAUUUUAGGUUUCUCUGGAGGGACAGUGGCUUUGAACACUAAACAAGAAACUCACUCAUGGGGAAAUUUUAACAUUGAACUAAUUGAUGUAGUUUGAUUUUGUUAUCCAUUCACACUUUAUCACAAUUACCUUUUUCUUCCCACAUAUGGAAUGUCAAUGAAAGGAAGUAAUUAACUAAAAUUUAAGAAAUUUUAGUCAAUUAUUUCCUUUCCUUCCAAGGGUUCCAUCAUAUAUUUUGUUAAUCUGGUGCUGGAAUUCAAUUGUUUAGAAGGCAUAUGUGGUUGGUAUUUUAUUUAUAUUCCAGUUUACAUUAUUUUGCUGCAACAUCAUUAACAAAUACUGAAAUAACUUCAUUUCAAUCUUAUGUGAAAUAAAAUCAGUAUGAACAAGAAGUUAAGCCAAGAGCUGAGUGAUUUCCAUUUUAUAUAAUUUCAGUAUAUGCUGUCAUUUUUUGGAAUGUAUUGUCAAUAUAAAUCAUAGACUACCUAUAAUAUGAAUAUUCAGGAUUACAUGAAGAACAGAGUUGAAUAAAUUAAAAAGUACUGCAAGCGGGAACAGAAUGGCUUGUGACAUUAUCAAUCAUUCUACCACUUUUUGAAUCUGAAAGCACAAUUUUGUAGGUGAAGAUUUUAUUAAUUUUUUAUUACACCAUAACACCCUUGCAUUAAUGCUAAUGUUGGUCUAAGGUUAGAAAAUGUCAUGUUAUUUAUACCAGAAGAAUACACCAGUGGGGGUUGUAAAGAAGAAAAGUUAAUUUAAUGUUUCAUAUAUCGUUUGUACUGAGAUCAUGAAUGUUGAUUAAUAUUCAGUGUAUGUGACUUGGAUAUCCAUCAGUAAAAUGAAUGAUAAAUGGCUGGGGUUUAUUUCCUAGCAAGGACAAGGUUUUUUCUCUUUGCCACCACGUCCAGCCUACUCUGAGGUUGACUAGUGCUUCCUAUCCAUUGAAUACAGGGGGCCAUUUUCCUUGGGGAAAAGCAGCUGGGUCAUGAAGCUCCAUUGAAGUGCCAAGCAACAAAAUUUUAUCUACAUUUCUCCUCAAUGACAUCAUAUUUGGGUACAGCGAGAACGUUUACUCAGUGUGUGACAUAAAGUUUGAAGACAGUAUGUCUCUCAGUUUAUGGUACCACAGCAUAGUACGUGAGUGAACAUCUUAAUAGUUUUAUGAGGUGAUUCUAGUUAAGUUUUAUUUUAAUACUUUCACUGUUAGCAAAGAAAAAUGCCAUUGUGUUGCCUGUUAUCACCCAGUUGAAUUUGGACACAGUAAAUGCUAUGUUCCAUGCCUGAACAUAAACACAUUGGUAUUUCAUUCCACAUUAAAAAAAAGAAAAGAACUGAUAAAAACCUGAGGGACAUGAUUUACUGUAUGAUUUAUGAAAAUUGUUCAUCCUGGAAGGUAUUACUAUGACUCAUUUGAUAGUGAAAUAUGGGUAGGGUGUGUGUGAAGUUAAUUGGAAACAAAAGGCAACUUAGUUUUUAAUUUAAACUAUGUAUUUACUAAUUCAGUUUACGGUUUUCUUUGGUGCAUUGACUUGUCUAUCACAUACACAUCUUUGCCUGAUCACAUGGUGUUAGUAAUGACAGAUAGCCACAGUAUUUUCAGUGAUCCAUGCUGUUACAUUGUUUUUAUGCUUGUUCCAUCAAUCCUCCCACUGGCUUCAGAUUUGAUGUCUGUUGCUGUCUAUUUCAGUCUUUGACAACAAAAUUUUUUGUUCAUGUUCUUGAUAUGCUUGAAUUAAUUGCAUGAAGUAUACAGGAAAUUAUAUUUUUCAUAAUUUUACAGCUAAGGUGAGGGUGAAUGAAUUAUGCUGCAAGAUACAGUAUUAUGUCUGUACCUUUAAACCUCAGUUUGUGGCCAAGAUUAAUUUCUUACAUAUGUGUGCUGGCCAUAGAAUUACUCGGAAUAAAAGAGAAUGUUAAAGAUGCUGUUGAUGACUCAACUUUGCGAUGCGAGUAUAAGGAGUGUGAGUUAGGCUCAGUUCCCCUACACUUUUCUGUUUCCCUAGUUUCUUUGGUUACAAAGAUGAGUCUCAGAAUAGUAUGUUUGGCAGAAUGGUUUCAUCCUUAACACAGCAUGCUGUACAAUUUGGUGCAACUAUUCUGUCCAUAAUAGUGAAAGGGUUGCAGAAAAUUGAGUAUGAUUUGAAGCUUUUGUAGCGACUGAGUAUAAUGAAUUCUUCUCAGGCUACCAGCCGUGGAAGGUGGUUUAAUGGAGAAAACACCAUUAAAUCACCUUACAUGACUGGUAGCCUGAGAAGAAGUCAUUAUAGAAAAUUGAGGACUCAAAGGGUGGUGAUUGUUGUAAUAAAAUAGGAUUGUAUUUCUUUUAUUCUGAUUCCCAAGAAGCUCUGCAGAGUUUUAAACAUAAACCCAAGUUUACAUGUGAUAUUUUAUAACUGUAAUUGUUACUGAAUUUAUGUGGGAAGGAAGACUGCAGUUUUAUUUCAUGUGUGAUAUUUACUAUUGUGUUUAUUGUGCACAGAAACUUGUCAUUUGAUACAUGUUAUGAAGCAUUUUUUAUUAAUGAUAAACUAGAGGAAUAAAGAUUUUUCAAGUACAUAAGAA